AUGGCCUUACCGUCACAUCUCACCAUCACCAGCACAUAUGGAUCGCGAGCCGGCCUCCCCACCACCGGCCCUCUGGCCUCCUACCUGCUGCGCUUGAUUUCCAUCAAGCAGACAAAUCUGUGUCUGUCUGCAGAUGUGGAGACCUCCGCCGAACUUAUCCAGCUCGCCGAAGAUGUUGGUGACUCGAUUUGCCUGCUCAAGACCCACUGCGACAUUGUUACAGACUGGACAGACCGGACAGCCACAGCCUUGAGGGAGAUUGCGAAGAGGAAAUCCUUCCUCAUUUUUGAGGACCGCAAAUUUGCCGACAUUGGUGAAACUGUGCAGAAGCAGUACACGUCAGGACACCACCGCAUCGCGCUGUGGGCCGAGAUCACCAACGCCCACAUCAUCCCCGGCCCUGCUAUCGUUACCGCCCUUGAGAAAGCCGCCGAAUCGACCAUCGCGAAGUACAACACUGGCGUGCAUACUGAGAUCUCUGCUUCAACUCGCGCUACGCUGAACGGCGCAGGUGAAGAUGAGGAUGAGGACGACGAGGUCCCUCCUAUGGAUGGUGCGCUUGAGUCGCCUAUGCUCAUGGACGACGGCGAAAGACGGCUCAGCAUCAAGCCCAUGGACAGGAAACAGAGCGUGGUCAGUGUCAGCACCACCAUCUCCACACGCACUGAGAGCAUUUCGCCAAGACCGGAGGCACUCAAUGCUUCUGGCGACACAUUCGACCUGGACACAGUCAAGCAGCUUGCCCGCUUAGGCGAACCUCCCUUCUUGCGCUCGUUGCUUCUGCUUGCCGAAAUGAGCUCUGCUGGACACCUUAUGACACCUGAAUACCGCCAGGCUAGCGUUGAUAUCGCGCGAUCCCAUCGCGACUUCGUUAUGGGCUUCAUUGCUCAGCGAAGCCUGAAUAUCGAGCCAGACGACAACUUUAUAACCAUGACACCUGGUUGCCAAUUGCCACCGCCUGGUCAAGAAGGCGCGAAGCUUGGAGAUAGCCUAGGUCAGCAAUACAACACACCGCGAAAGCUGAUCUUCGAGUCCGGCUGCGAUAUUAUCAUCGUCGGACGCGGCAUCGUCCGUGCCUCAGAUCGUAAGGCAGAGGCACAGCGCUAUAGGCAAGCAGGAUGGCAGGCAUACAAGGAGCGAAUUGGACAGGGCCAGUAA